AUGGGUCGUCCAAGGAAAAAUGUUAGUCAAGAGAAAAUUCUACAGUUGAAAAGAGAACUGGAGCUUGCCGGUAACAGGACGGACGUUUUGCUACAAGACAAAAAGGGCCGUUCCAGAUCGUGUCUUCUUUGCAGAAGAAGAAAGCAGCGGUGCGACCAUAAAUUGCCCAGUUGCACGGCCUGUCUCAAGGCCGGCAUCAAAUGUGUGCAGCCCUCCAAGUAUUCCACGUCCACCUCGAAUAGCAACACCAAUAGCAACACCCCUACAGCUGGCACUGUACCUUCACCUUACCCUAUAUUCAAAAAUGAGCUGCAGGAUAGCAGUAUUGGCGCUGGCGCUGGCACCUCUUUGAACGAUAUAACCAUAAUAAAACCCAUUUCCGCCGGCCACACGAACAUCGAUGUCGCUGGUGCGAAUGCUCCCAAGAAAAUCAUGAAGUCUGCGACCACCACUUUCAAUCCGAAUCUAAUGAAGCCAAACAAGGACCAGUAUACCAUGUUCUUGGAGAAAAAACUGAAAACCCUGGAGACCCUGCUGGAUCUACCACCGGGAUGUAACCAGUACAACAACAAGUUGGCCCAAUACAGGAGAAUUUCGCACUUACUGAGCGACAAUGGCCCCGACUACACCAGGCCGCCGAAUGCUAAUAUGGUCAUACUGCCGCUGCCAUCCCCUUCAAACAAGCAACUGGAAAAUAGUAACGUCACCGGCGGCAAUAUCGGGACGGCCGCGACCGAUGUUUCGACCAUCACAAACAACAUAAACAACAAUAACGCCAUUUGCCAAUCGGCCAGCCUGUUGAACGACCCCUUGGAGUCGCUGAAUUUCACCAAGUGUAUUUUCGCCAAGUACAACUUGAAAAAGGAAUUCUUGAUGUAUGACCCCAUAUUUGAACUGGACGAAAAGCUGUCUCGUUCCUUCUUGGACACGUUCUUCACCAGAUUGCAAUUCAAAUACCCAAUCUUGGAUGAACGUGAGAUUUACACUUUCUACGAUCACUACCUCCACAACAAGAUUGUCAUCCCGCCUUCUUCUCCCUCCACGUCAUCCACCGCGCCAUCUUCAAAUUCGCAUUCUUACUCGGAGAUAGAAUUCCAUUUCCUCUCCGGUAGAAUGUGGCUGGUCUUCAGUAUCAGCGCCUACUUACUGAUGACCACAGGUAAAUACAAGGGUUUCCCCCCUCAUCGGUACUUCUCCACCGCCAUCCGUCACAUCACCAAGUGUGGGCUGCACUUGAACUACGUCCAACAAAUCGAAUUGUUGACCUUACUGGUCCUCUACAUCAUCAGAACUGAUAGAGAUUCCCUGAUACUGUACGACAUUAUCAAAGAUGUCAUGGGAAUAUCCAAGAAAAAACUGCAUCUAAAUCAAUGGUAUCCCAAUGAUCCCUUCGCAAAUAAAAAACUACGACUGUUUUGGUGCGUAUAUCUUUUGGAAAGAAUGAUUUGCGUUGCCGUGGGGAAACCGUAUACCAUCAAGGAAGCAGAGAUAAACCUGCCCCUUUUUAGCAACGACUCCUUCUAUACAAAUGGUGUACACGCAGCGUCUGCGGCCCCAUCCGCCAAGGACCACGGUGUGCAGUUUAUCAAUCAAUCUUUGAAACUGCGCAGAAUCGAAUCUCAGUUUGUGGAGACUUUGCAACUCCUAAAAAGCGAUUCUAAAUCAGUAAGACAGUCCAAUGAUCAAUUACCCCUCGUGCAAAAAUUCUUUGACGAUUUGGAGAUUUGGAGGAAAAGUUAUUCUACUCUCGAUGUGAAAAAUUUUGAAAAUGAAACUCUAAAACUUUAUUACUAUAGGUCCGUUCGGCUAUUGAUCCAGCCUUAUUUGGAAUUUUUUGCUCCGGAGGAUAGACUAUUCAGAGAAUGUCAAGCAGCCGCGGGUCAGAUAUGUCAAUUAUAUAAAAUAUUCCAUCAAAAGACCCUUAAUGGCCACUCCACUCCAGCAGUGCAUACCGUUUUCGUGGCCGGUGUCACUUUGAUCUAUUGUAUGUGGUUGGCCAGGAACUUUGAUGACCAAAGAAGGAAGAAAUUGGGCGACGCUUCGAAACACACGAGACCUUUGAUAAGUGCAAGUCUCUUCUCUACAAUGGAUGAUUUAAGAGCUUGCUCCGUUUGUUUAUACGUCAUGACAGAAAGGUCGAACUUUGCAAGAACUUUCAGAGACACUUUUGAUCAACUAAUGAACGCUACGGUGGGCAACUUGAUCGAAAGAUGUGGUCCAGAUUCUUCUGAAUUGAUUUUCAUGGCCAGCAGUAUAACUGAUUUGAAACAAUCAAGACACAAUGAAGGCAAACAGACUGUUUCCGACAAGGCUAUUUCCUCCACAGCAACCCCCAAUAAUGUUACUUCCGCCACCUCUACCGGCUCUUCCGCUGCUGUAUCUAUCGAACCAAACUCGAUAGACAAGAGUAUAUCUCAUAACGGAGGUAUGCCACCCGCCGUAGCAAGAAUAUUUGGUAAGGGACAAGCUGAAGAACAUGUUGGUUUUGUAGAAAAUUCACAAGUUGAUUUAGCCGAACAAGAAAAAUUUAAGAAAAAGCAAGGUGUCUUGGAGAAGACUUCUGUGCCCAAAAGUUUGGCUCAUUUGCUGACAAAAAUGGAUGACAGAGCUCAAAUUUCUAAUUCGUCAAUUUCGUAUACUUCUCCGUCAUCGUCACCAUCACCGUCUUCGUCGCCAUCGUCGUCGUCAUCGUCAUCUUCAUCUUCAUCACAAGAAAGAAACUUGAAAAUUGAUGUAAACGAUAACGAGCACAACAAUGACGAAAGCAGUAAUCAUGAUCACCAGUACAUUCCUCCUAACAACAACGUGCUCUUGGACAAUAGCGACAAGAAAGUUAUUCAAGACCAAUAUAUCGUCAAGAAACCAACUAACCAAACAGAGUUUGAUUGGCAAGUAUUUCAGCAACAAGCUUUUUUGCAGCAGCAGCUGGCUCAGCAUAAUUUGCAAGCAUAUCUAUCGUCCUUGAAUCCAGAAACUAUUUCCAAUAAUAGUCCUUCUAAGUCUUCAAGUAUAUCUACCGCGUCAUCUCAUUCUGAUCCAAUCCCAAUAACAAUGACUCAAACUCCGACUCCAUACCCUCAAGUUUCGCAUAUGUUAUCACAUCAACAAGCACCACAACCUCUCCAACCACUUCAACCACUCCAAUCACAGCAACAAACUCAACAGCAACAAACCCAACAGCUGCCACAACAGCAUAUCUCUCCCCCACAGCGUUUUUCAGAAAACCAUUUCACGAAUCAAUUGAACAAUAAUAUCAUCAACAAUAAUGCUUUACGAUCAAAAAUAUUUUCUAAUCCUUCAAACGAAAACAAGCGGUCAAGGCGCAUCGAAGAUGCGAACUUUAAUCCACCGCAAAUGAGAUCAGAGUAUGAUACAAAUAUCAUUCCUUCAAUUCCAACAUCAAUAACGGAUCAUUCAAUGACUGCUAAUGUCAAACAAACUCGCAAUGGCUCAUCUUCAGGUGAUAUACUCUUCAGUAAUGGUGCCCAUGAUAUGAUCAAUAAUAUUUCCACAUGGACCAAUAACUCUGUUUUGGAUGCUUUGAAUAGUAAGUCCAUACUACAAACAAUCUUUCCACAAAGUCAAGACCCAUCAUCUCUCCCCAUGGAUAAACAAGAGCAACAGCCUGAAAUAUGUCCCACAAAUAACGUGAAUGCUAACAGCUUUCAGCAACCACAGAAUGACUCUUCCUAUAAUAGGAAUCUGUUUAUGAUGUCUCAACAGGAUGGUGAUCAGCAGCAAAAUUUUGAAGUGACUGAAAAGAAUAGACUGAAGGUACAAGCAGAAACGAAUACAACUACGAAUAUGCAUUUUGAGAACGUAGCACCUACUGCCGCUACUGCGGAAAUCAGAAAAAAACGUUCUAAUUGGGAUAAUAUGAUGACGUCUGGUCCGGUGGAAGAUUUUUGGACAAUAAACGACGAUUAUGGUUUCUUGACAUGA